AUGUCUGUCACUGCUCUCAACAGUCUUACCGAGUUCCAAACUCUUAUCAACUCGGACCAAGUCGUUAUCAUCGACUUUUGGGCUACCUGGUGUGGCCCUUGCCGGGCGAUAAGCCCGGUUUUCGAACAGCUGGCCUCCAUCCCAGAGUUCAGUUCGAUCAAGUUUGUCAAGGUCGACACGGAUGAACAGCAGGACAUUGCGGAGGAAGUUGGAAUCAGGUCCUUGCCAACUUUCAUGGUGUUUCAGAAUGGUAUCAAGGUGGAUGAGCUCGUGGGUGCCAGCCCCCCAGGCCUGGAACAGCUUGUUCGGAGACAUGCAUAA